AUGGGGAUAAUUGAUAGGCUUAUUAUUAGCUUCUCAUUCUUGUCAUCAAUCCUUCCCCCAAAUGUCGUUAUAAUUCUGAUAAUCUCACUGUUUCUCUCAUACAAAUGGCUAAGUAAACAAAAAGCUGCUAAGCAAUUCCCACUCCCUCCAGGCCCCAAGUCAUGGCCUGUAGUGGGAUGUUUCCCUCAAAUGCUUAGAAACAAGCCGGUUUUCCGGUGGAUGAUCAAUCUCAUGGCGGAGAUGAACACCGAAAUCGCCUGUUUCCGCCUUGGGGGAACCAAUGUGAUUUCAGUAACAUCCCCGGAGGUGGCGCGUGAGAUACUGAAGAAACAAGACACGGUUUUCGCGUCAAGGCCGACCUGCAUGUCAGCAGAGCUAGCAAGCGGUAAUUAUUUGAUAUCCCUCUUUUCCCCUCUGGGCGACCAGUGGAAGAAAAUGAGGAGAGUUUUAACUUCUCAUGUGCUUUCGCCCAACACGCUUAACUGGCUGGCCCACAAGCGGGCCGUAGAAGCCGACCACCUCGUACGUUACAUCUAUAAUCAGUGCAGAAACGCCGCAGGUUGCGGAGUGGUGGAUGUGAGGGCGGUGGGAAGACACUUCUGUGGGAAUGUGAUUAGGCAGAUGGUUUUCAGCAAGAGGUUUUUCGGUGCUGGGACGGAAGAUGGUGGGCCCGGGGUGGAGGAAGAAGAGCACAUCGAUGCCACCUUUGGAGUUCUUGCUUAUGUGUAUUCUUUUGGGGUCUCGGAUUACUUUCCGUGGUUAAGGAUGUUUGAUUUGGAUAGGCAUAGGAAAGCUCUGAAGAAAGGUGUCGAGGGUGUUAGGAAGUACCAAGAUCCUGAAGUUGAUGAAAGGAUUAGGAUGUGGAAUGAUGGGACAAAAACUGAGCAAGAGGAUAUUCUUGAUGUUCUUAUCAAUCUCAGAUGUUUAACAUCUGAAGAGAUUAAAGCACACCUUCUUGAACUAAUGGUAACAAUUGUGGACAAUCCAUCAAAUGCAGUAGAAUGGGUUCUAGCAGAAAUGUUAAACCAACCUGAGAUUCUCAGAAGGGCCAUGGAAGAACUAGACAACGUUGUGGGAAGAGAAAGACUAGUACAAGAAUCUGAUCUUUCUAAGCUCAACUACCUUAAUGCAUGUUUGAAGGAAGUGUUUAGGGUUCAUCCAUUAUCAGCUUUUGUUCCACCACACCUGUGUUCUUCCGACACAACUGUGUCCAAUUAUUUCAUUCCCAAAGGUAGUCAUGUGAUAAUAAGUCGGCACGGGUUAGGGCGGAACCCUAAGAAUUGGGAGGAGCCUCUAAGGUUCAAGCCGGAGCGGCACCUGAAGAAUGAUGGAUCCGAAGUGAGUCUUGUUGAUCCAGAGGUGCGGGUUUUGACGUUUAGUUCGGGAAGGCGUGGUUGCCCGGGUGUUCAACUAGGGUCUUUGGUUAGCGGGAUGUUGCUGGGCAGGAUUCUUCAAGGGUUUGAAUGGAGUGUGCCUCGUGAGAUGAGCGGUGGAAGAAUUGACCUAAAGGAGUCCAAAGAUAGUCUCCUUCUUGCCAAGCCCCUCAAUGCUCUUGCAAAACCAAGACUGCCUCACUAUGUCUACUCAUCGCUGCCAUAA